AUGGGGCGCAAAUAUUCAUCUGUCGCAUGCAGUAAAAGCAGACGGAGCAAAUCAACACCAAUAAAAAUCAUUCCCAGCUGAAAAUAAUACCCAAAUCAGUCAGAGGACCCAAGCGACAAAACUUCGCGAAAAAAGAUAAAAAAAGCCAGCAAAAGAAAAGAGUCUGAGUCAAACAAAUCCUGUAAUUUCCCUGCGAGACACAAAACACGGAUCAAGUCCUUGCGGAUCAUUUCGUAAUUUUUAGGCCCAAAACUUGUAUUUUUUUACGAUUUUCGUGGCAAAUUUUGCCACAAUAUAACUUUUUGGCUCUUAUUUUUUAGGUAGCUGAUGGAACAAGCAGAGUAUUUUUUUACGACUUUCGUGGCAAAUUUUGCCACAAUAUAACUUUUUGGCUCUUAUUUUUUAGGUAGCUGAUGGAACAACCCAGUCGACCCUGUGGAAUCCGACGAGAUCCUGCGCACGGAAGACCACACAUCAGAUUUUGAGGACCAAAUUGAAGCGAGUUUGAACGUUGAGUUGGGUUUCAUCGACGAUCAGGUAUGUUUUUCUUGUUGUUCUUGAAAUUUAGGUAUGAAAAUUGAAAAAGAAGUAGAAAAGUUUGUUGAUGCUCAACUUUUGGGCUCUUAUUUUUUAGGUAGCUGAUGGAACAACCCAGUUGACCCUGUGGAAUCCGACGAGAUACUGCGCACGGAAGACGACACAUCAGAUUUUGAGGACCAAAUUGAAGCGAGUUUGAACGUUGAGUUGGGUUUCAUCGACGAUCAGGUAUGUUUUUCUUGUUGUUCUUGAAAUUUAGGUAUGAAAAUUGAAAAAGAAGUAGAAAAGUUUGUUGAUGCUCAACUUUUGGGCUCUUAUUUUUUAGGUAGCUGAUGGAACAACUCAGUUGACCCUGUGGAAUCCGACGAGAUACUGCGCACGGAAGACGACACAUCAGAUUUUGAGGACCAAAUUGAAGCGAGUUUGAACGUUGAGUUGGGUUUCAGCGACGAUCAGGUAUGUUUUUCUUGUUGUUCUUGAAAUUUAGGUAUGAAAAUUGAAAAAGAAGUAGAAAAGUUUGUUGAUGAUCUAGUAUAAGGCGUGAAAUUAAAGCCUUGAGCUUUUGAAGUUUAAUAAAAGUGAAAAUCAGCCAUUAGUGACCUAGAAAUUACUGGAUUUGGCAAUAAAUCUCAAUUUUUUUAGGAAAAUCCGUCGGAAGAAGCCGAAGAACCCAGCUCAUCUCUUGAAAAUGAUGUGAACAAACUUACCAGGAACCAGCCAAAAGACACAGCCAGCCCCGAACAUCCGAUGGUACCCGUACGUCAGCUGUCCCUUCAACCAGUCGUUCCAUUUAAUAUUAUUUAGAAGAUCUCUUAAGUAGAAUUCAAUUCUGGUAGAGCUUUUAGUGUAGUUGCUUCUUUUUAUAGCGUUAAAUUAUUUAUUAUUUGUUUUUGGGAACUCGUUAUAUAUUUUUGAAAUCGUUUUUUGAUUGUUGUUGUUUAGAAGGAUAAAAUUAUAUAUUUACCAUGUUGAAUAUCUGAAAACCCCAAAAAAAACGACUAAUUUAACCUCAAAAUUGAAUGGUGCAAGGCCUAGUUCAAGAAGGCGGAGACAAUUUUCUAGAGCUGCCUCCUGAUUGGCUGCAGAAAGGGGGGCGGAGCUUCUCUAAACUCAGCACUGAAUUUUGAAAAUCAGUGCCGACUUAUUAAAAAUGCACUGAAUUUGAAAAAUCAUUACUGACUUAUUAAAAAUGCACUGAAUUUCAAAAAUCAUUACUUUCUUAUUAAAAAUGCACUGAAUUUAGAAAAUCAUUACUGACUUAUUAAAAAUGCACUGAAUUCUGAAAAUCAGUGCAGGGCUAUUAAGUCCGCACUGAUUUUUCUCAGAUUCGCAAGUUUGUUGACACUGGGUUUUCCAAAUCGCUGCACAUCGAUUUUUGCAGUGGUUUACGCCUCAUCGGCGAAGAUCGAAUGCAAGAACUUCUGUGACCACGUUUAUAUAAUUGAUACUUUCGCGGCCAUACACUCACGAAUAUUCCUGAUUGUUUAGUGAAGUGAGACUAUUUAUAGCGAGAAUAAGCUAUUACGACCCUUUGUUUGGAAAAUUUUGACGAGAAAUUGAGAAAAUUGCGAUUUUUAGAUAUUGUUUUAGGUGAACGUGACGAUUUUUGACGCAAUAUACGUCUUUGAGAGGCUUGAACUACUUGGAAAUUGUAUUGGAAAGCUGCGUUUGGUUGAUUCGCUAGCUGUGUGAUUAUUUCUGUGUCGUUUGGACCUAUUUUAUCGUUGUUGAUCUAGAAUUUUGAUCUUGUUUCGUGAGCUUUGAAAUUUUGUUGAAAUCCGAAGAAUUUUUGGUUGUAAUUGAUUAUAAUUUGUUGUGAAAGAAUAGAGAACUCGUGUGAAUUGUGUUACUGAAGUUUAAUUGCAGGAAGACCGUGAAUUUUGGCCAAUCUAUCAAGUGUAAUAUCGAAAAAGCCCAGCGGACCUGGUACAAUAUCGAGACCUAAAGGAAAUAAGGAUAAGUCGUUUGAAAGUUUGUUGUUCCACCUUUAGAAAAGAGAAUGCAGGUGAAUAAAAACGAAAGUGGUACGAUAGAUGUUGAUUUCGGAUAUUUGUUACCUAAAAUGGAGAAAAAUCUUCCAGAAUUGUCGAAUCUCUCGCCAAAAUUGCCUUUUACUCCUUCCUUGCCUCAUCAAAACUAUUCUGAUUGUGAUUCGCGAGUAGAAAAGACCGAAUUCUAUCGAGAAAGCAUCAAGAAAGCAUUAUCAGACACACACAUCAUGAAUACAUUAACAUUUGAACAAAUUUAUCUCUUGAGAAACGGCCGAAUGUCUUACAUAACUGGUGAAGAGAAAGAAGAGUUUAUUUACGACAUUCUAUAUAACAUUUUCGUUGUCACAGAGGAGCUGUACAUUGAACAUCGUUGCAAAAUAUUGGAGAAACGACUUCGAGGACCAAUCUUGGAAUUCUAUCAAGCUUUGAAUAAGAGUACGGAUUAUUUCGGAGACAUUAUGGAUCCACUCAUGGAGGAAUUCGGGUACGAGAAAGACAUUGAUUACUUCUCAACAUUUCCUCAUUAUGACCAAACCUUGAUUCGAGACUCUCUACCAUCUCAAGACGAGGCCUAUAAUGCAUUCCAACUUCAGAAACAGCACUCAUCGGACAUCAAAAAACUUGAUUUACAUUGUAACUUCUGUGGAAAGCCGAAUCAUCUCGAAAAGAGUUGCUUCAAGAAGAAACGAGAACGUGUUUUAUCUUCAAAAAACCUUCCAGAAUCUCAAGAACAGUGUCAAAGUGAUCUUUCUCAGUCUGAUUUGAACAACUCAUCACCUAUUGUUCAUGAUAAACACCCAGAUUUAACAUGCAGCAGUGAUCCAAAAGAAAUUAUUGAUCCGACAGAUGCUUACGACGAAAACUUUGACGAACUUUUACGAUGCUAUCAGCAACUAAUGGAAAGAUAUAAAAGAAAUACUGAGGUAAGAAAGGUCGUGAAGAUAGACAAUGAGAAGUUUACGGCCACUAAUGAGCCAUGUCAAAGUAAGAAACCUUGUGAAUCCGAUAGCAACAUCGAAGAGAAAGGUGAAGAUCAUUCAGGAUUUGAAAAUGGAGAUUUCGAAGAGUUGUUUUACAAACCAGAAGCACCAUUAUCGCACACAAAAGCCAAUUACCAGACGGAUUAUACCUCAGAAUUGUCAAAAAGCGUAUUCAUGAGCUGGAACAAAGAGAAGUAUGAUGACAGUAUUGACUUUAUGGAAAUUUUGGAUGAUUCUCUCUACGCUGAAUGGUUAAAAGAUGACCCUAUAAGAAAGAAAUGUUCGGAACUUGAUGCAAAUCUCCCGAAAGUUGAGAGUGAUUGUGCGAAUUUAGCAGAGUCAUGUGUUUUCCAGUUGAUGUCAAGUCUUACCCUUGGUCAGAAUAAUCAAAUUUCGGAAAAUUACGAAGACUACAAUCGCUUUUCUAGCUCGUUUCUACCCGCCAAAGGAUGUAAAUUUAAAUUUGCUCAAGAAACUCAAUGUUUGAAUGGUGCAUUGAACCAACAAACCUCGGCCGGAUUAGCAAAUUAUUCGCGAAUCGAAGGGAAAGGAUGCAAGUUUAAGGAGAUAUUCGAAAAUUUUGGUCACGAAAACUUCUCAAACCGCAAAAUUAUGAAUUCUAGUGAUCUGGAAAGGAAUGAAAAGACUAAAAACUCAAACUCUGAGACAGAUAUCACGUCACCUUACCAGAAAAUCAAAGGAAAGGGCACAAAAUUCAAAUCUUUCGAUACUAUGUGGACCUGUAUGGCAAAAUGUAUUGUAAAUUGCUAUUUUAUUGUGGAAAUACCGUAUUUUAUUGUAAUUUGGUGUAUUAUCUUGAGGGUAUUUCUGUUUUUGAUUCACAAAUUCUCUAUCUACUUAUUAUGUUCCGGUAAAAAGUCAAAUCUGAUGAGAUGUUGGCCCUGUUUCAGGAAUGCGAAAAAGCUUUCUGCAAACGCCGGGACGUCGUUUAGUGAUUGAGGGGGGAGCCAUGGGGUAUUUAGGAUAUUUUAGGGAUUUUAGGGACUUUUACAUUAACUUUACUCUCGUUUCAUGUCAACACCCGUCGCGCGGGGGUUGGAAUGGAAGGUUAGAAAGCGGUCGUGCGUUUGGCCCCGCAGGAAUAUUGGAUCUGUUGGUAUCUUAUUUGUAUUGUGCUCGCGGCCUAUCAAUAAACUAUCGACUGUAACUGUUGGAUUCGGCGUUUGGGGAGUUGAUCAGUUGGGUGGUUGUCCCACUGGUAUCGGGGAAGUAGUAGGGACCUGGAAUCGGCUGGAGGAAGGACCCAACCACGUUCCCAUUCUAUAUAUGGAUUGAGAUGGAGCUUUCAACUCAUUACAGUCCACAAAGUGUUCAUUACUUUCCCGACAGGCUGGUAUAACAACUCUGUCACAUCAAAAUGCUGCUUCCAGAAUCGCGCCAUCUUGAUCAAGACCAAUUACGAACUGAUUCAAAUUUUACGAGCUUAUGAUGGCGCCAACGAUGUGCUGCAUCCGGCGUCGGUGAAAAGAUCGGCCCCUUGGCGAAGGGAACAGUUGAAGAAUUACACGUUUGAUGACUUGGAGCUUUUCCGAUAUGGUAAGGCUAAAGACACCAGUGUGCCGGGAAAAUAA